AGUAGGCUUUUUUUUUUAUUGGUCAAGAGAAUAGUAAUAUAUUAAACAAAUCAAAAGCCAAAAGGCAAAAGGUGGAAGCAUUUAGUGCUACUACUGUUAUUCCUAAUCAAAUAAAUAUAAAACCCACCUGCACUAAAACAAGAACUUUAAAAAAAAGUGAUCAAAAUCCCCAUAAAUUAAAGAUGAUAUAAUCUAACAUAAAAUCUAAGCCUCAUGUAAAUAUAGAGCCAAGCCAAGAAACCAACCUUACCCACAUCUUUUUAGACUCAUUGAAAGAUCCUCUACAUCCCAUAAAUUAGCCUUUGUUUUCUACCAACGUCCUUGGCGUGAAUCAAUGUUAAUGCUUCAACACUCUCUUCAUCUCAUUCACUCCUCUUCCUCAGUCUCCAUAAAUUCAAAGCCAAUCCUAAAGCAAGUGUAGCAGGAGACAUUCUAAACCCUCCCAAGUUCUGAACUGAACUCUCUCUCUAUGGUUCAAAUGGGUUUUCCUUUUCGUAUUGUUCUUCUUCUGUUCUGCUUUUGUUUUCAAGCCAUUCACAGCUCUCGGACAUUCUCGCAGAGCUCAAAAACGACGUCGUUACUUAGUGUAGCGGCUUCCACCCAGAAGACUGUUAAUGUUUUUUCAUUGGAUUCUAGAUCCACCAAGACGCAUGGCUACUUGAAUCAGCAAGAGCAAAGCGUUUCGUCUUCCUCUUCAAUUUCUCUCCACCUUCAUUCACGAGUUUUUCUUCAUAGACCUUCACAUAACGAUUACCGGUCGUUGAGUUUAGCUCGACUAAAGCGCGACUCAGCCCGAGUUAGAUCUCUUACUACCCGAUUGGAUCUGGUCUUGGGAGGAGUUUCCAACUCGGAUCUUAAACCAGCUGAGACGCAGAAUAAUGAGCUGGAAAAAUUCAAAGCUGAGGAUGUUCAGGCACCUGUCGUUUCCGGGACGAGUCAAGGAAGCGGUGAGUACUUCUCCCGAGUUGGAAUCGGUAAACCAGCGAGUCCAGUCUACAUGGUGCUCGACACUGGGAGUGACGUAAACUGGGUACAAUGCGCACCUUGCGCCGAAUGCUACCAACAAACGGACCCCAUCUUCGAACCGGCGGCGUCUACUUCGUACGCGCCGCUUACUUGCGAGACCCAACAAUGCAAGUCCCUCGACGUGUCCGAGUGCCGCAACGACACGUGCCUCUACGAGGUGUCGUACGGAGACGGAUCUUACACCGUUGGUGACUUCGUCACGGAGACAGUUACUCUGGGCACGGUUGCUGUCGACAAUGUUGCCAUCGGUUGCGGUCACAACAACGAGGGUUUGUUUAUCGGCGCGGCUGGGCUUCUCGGGCUUGGCGGCGGCUCACUCUCGUUCCCCUCACAACUCAAUGCCACGUCGUUUUCGUACUGCCUCGUUGACCGGGAUUCCGACUCCGCCUCGACUCUCGAGUUCGACUCGCCUUUCCCACCUAACGCUGUAACGGCGCCGUUACUCCGUAACCCUCAACUCGACACGUUCUACUAUCUCGGCAUGGAGGGACUCAGCGUCGGUGGCGAGUUGCUCUCAAUCCCGAAAUCUUUCUUCGAAAUUGACGGAGACGGUAACGGAGGAGUAAUCAUCGACUCGGGAACCGCCGUGACUCGACUACAGACUGACAUGUACAACGCGCUUCGUGACGCGUUCGUGAACGGUACUCGCCACCUACAGUCCACGGAGGGAGUGGCAUUAUUCGACACGUGUUACGAUUUGUCUUCGAAGACGAGCGUGGAGGUCCCAACAGUGUCGUUUCACUUCCCCAACGGGAGCGUUUUACCGUUACCGGCUGAGAAUUUUCUUAUACCGUUAGACUCUAACGGAACUUUUUGCUUUGCGUUUGCUCCGACGUCGUCACCGUUAUCCAUAAUUGGAAAUGUGCAGCAGCAAGGUACACGUGUCGGUUUCGAUCGGUCUAACUCACUUGUGGGUUUUACACGCAAUAACUGUUAGUAAAUUAAGAAUUAGGAGAAUGUUGUUAGAGGUUUGAUAGGUUUGUGGAUGACAGUUUUACCCCUUAUCAGUUAUCAAAGAAAGUAUUUAAUUUUUUC